AUGAAUGAUCUAGGAGAACUGAGGUAUUUUUUGGGAAUUGAACUUGCUAGAUCAAGUGAGGGAAUCCUCUUGUCACAGAGGAAAUAUGCUUUGGAAAUGAUCUCAAAUACUGGUUUGAGUGGUUCAAAACCUAAAUGGACACCAAUGGAGAAGAACCUGAAAUUGACCAGCAGUGAACAUGAUCUCAAGUUCUCUACAAAAUCUGAUGAUGUUCCUUUGGAAGACAGGAGCAUCUACCAGAGACUAGUGGGAAAACUUUUGUAUGUUACAAUCACAAGACCUGAUAUAUCAUAUGUUGCUCAGUCCUUAAGUCAAUUCAUGCAUGCCCCAAAGAAAUCUCAUUAUGAAGUUGCUUUACAUGUGGUGAAGUAUAUCAAAAGCCAGCCAGGACUUGGUCUUUUAAUUUCUAGAAAAGGGGAUGAGAAGAUAGUAGCAUAUUGUGACUCUGACUGGGCUUCAUGUCCUAUGUCUAGAAGGUCUGUCUCUGGUUUUUGUGUCAAAUUGGGAAUAUCCCUCAUCUCUUGGAAGUCUAAGAAACAGAACACUAUCUCUAGAAGUUCUGCUAAAGCAGAAUACAGGUGCAUGGCUCAAACAAUUGCUGAAUUGACAUGGUUAAAAGGGUUGUUGCAGGAGGUGCAAUUGCCAAUUGACUUAUAA